AUGACUCGUUUCGUCACUCAAGGAUUGCCACAGGGGGAUGUUUGCUCGCCAACGUUGUUCAAUGUAUACACUACGGUACUACAUACCAUCAAAGUUGAAGGUGUGGUACUCGUACAGUACGCCGACGACUUCGCUAUCAUCAUUGAAGGCGGUAGCAGAGAGCAAGUCGCAGCCAGAGGACAGAUUUUUCUAAACGAGUUCAAGCGUAAAACAGAAGAACUGAACCUUACCAUGAAUCCGCAGAAAACAAAGGUGAUGCUAUUCAAAAACAGCCCUAAAGAGUUGGAGAUUCGUAUCGAUGGAAAUAAACUGGAAAACGUUCGGAUUCACAGGUACCUGGGAUUGAUCGUCGACAGGUCACUUGGGUAUGGUGCUCAUCUGAGGGAUCUUGUUCAACGGUUAGCAGAGCGGCAAAACAUGAUUAGAGUCAUCAGCGGAACUAAAUACGGAGCACACCCACAAACACUGGGCAUGGCAUACAACGCACUAUUCAGAAGUUGCAUGGACUACGCUUCAACUAUCUACGGUUCGGCUUGUAAAUCAAAUCUUGGAAAGAUUGAUGUUCUGAACAACCAGUGUCUUCGAAAAGUUACCGGAUGCACAAAGACAACCCCGAUCAACACUUUGUAUGCAAUCGCAGGACAGCUUCCGCUAGAGUUCCGACGUUUGCUAAAUGUUGGAAAGCAAUUAGCCAAACAUUACCACCGAAAUUCAGUCGUGAAACAACAGCUUGACUCGGCAAUGGAGCAGGAUCAGAAUCGCGAGAAAGACCGAUGCAGUUUUAUUGAACGGGUUGCCCUGGAUCAUGCGACGAUACUGCAAGCCACAUCCACUUCGCUCGUUUGUAAGAAUCAGUGGGAAGAUGUAACAAUUGAGACAGAGCUACCAGACGGUCCAUGGAGGAAGAAAACUACAAGCGAACGGGUAUUGAAACAACUAACCUUGUCACUGAUUCAUGGUAAAUACAACAGCCGGCGUAUCAUCUAUACGGAUGCCUCAAAAAACUGGAACUACUGUGGAAUUGGCGUUUAUGACUCGACAACGAAUUUCCGAAUCAGUCUGAAACUUGAGCGUAACGUGUGCAUAAUGUCUGCUGAAUUGGAGGCUAUCUGGGUGGCCCUCCAAUAUAUUUGUGAAUAUGGAAUCACCAACGCCGUUAUCAUGUCUGACUCGAAGUCGGGCCUGGAGUUUAUCAAGUCAAACGUUCAGGAUCACUACAGAGACGAAAUAGUAGAAAGGCUGCUGACCAUGGCGUCGAAGACCCAAACGACUCUGCAAUGGGUUCCGGGUCACAUAGGCGCAGCCGGGAACGAAGCAGCUGACCAGUUGGCGAAAGCAGCUUUGGAAGUACAGGAGCAACAAUAUAUCUGCGACAACAAGGUUUUCGUUCAUGAUGUGGAGAAUUACUUUCGUCGGGUGGCAGUGGAAGACGCACAGCAAUGGUACCUCGAAUAUGCAGCAAUAGAUGGGAAAGGCCGCAAGUUUUUCCAACUCCAGAAUACGAUACCGUCUAAACCCUGGUACACUGGGAAACAGCUCACGAACUCGGAAACUCGCACGCUCAAUCGCCUCCUCUCAGGUCACGAUUACUCUGCUUAUUGGCUAGCUAAAAUGAAACUUCAAUCAAACGGCGUUUGCGAAACUUGCAGCGUCGUAGAGAAUGCAGAGCACAUAAUUUUCUCCUGCACAAAAUACGCACAGUCUAGAGCCAAAUACGGUCUGAGUAACUAUGGUAAUAUUUACCAAGUUUUCUCCGAAAACAACAACCUACACUGA